AUGGGGACGCAGGCGUCGCGCGAUGUCGACGCCGCAGCUAAUGCGGUAGGCCCCGCUGCUUUGCAGGAUGAGCAGAUGUCGGUACGUGCAUGGCGCACGGGUGUGCCAUUCACGCUGCUGCAUGACGAGGGCUUCGUGGUGGAGAAGUUCCAGGAACUGCUGGUAACUUCGAACGCGCAGCAGAGCAACAAGGCGGUGGGGGAGGCGCAGACGACGGUCUCGGGGUUAGAUGAGGCGUCGAUGGACGAGAUACAGCAUGCGACAGACAUGGCGCGCAUCAAACUCUUCGCCCGCACUAAACGAGAUAGCGGCACAGGGGGUCAAUGCAGCUCUCGACCUGCCUCACCUUCCAGUUUGGGGCCUGGUGCAGCCUCGAUGCUGACUUCCUCUACGGUCACAGAGAAUCCGCCCAGCGCUUUAGCUGGGAUGGCGGGCAACACUCUGUCGAGAGAGUCGCCGGAGAGUGUUGACAGUGAGAGGCUACGCUCUCAGCGAGACAAACUGCUCCAAAUAUACUAUGAGCAGAUUGCGGCGAGAAUGAGACAAAAACAUAUUGAAGACGGGGAAGAAACGACGAGGACAAGAGGCCUGCAGGGUGCUGAAGGACACGAGAUUUCGCAACAUGUGACGGCAACCAGCGUGUUCACGGUAGGCUCACUGCGAAUGCAGCUGGAGAUGUUGCGCGAGUUCCGCGUGCUAAGUCCCAAACUCUUCGAGAGCGGCACGAUGACACUUGUUCAAACGUUGCUGGAUAGUCCACCCUUUGCAUUGCAAGACGUAGUUGCGGACUCUCCAGAAGACACUCUUUUGAGCGAUGUACACAGAUUUUGCAGGGAUGUCCUGCAUCCUGAACAAGGGACACAAGCACCGUCGGAUAUACAACGACAGGUUGCUCUCCUCCUACUUUUCGCGAUCGGGGUGAGCAGUGGGCGAAUCAGGUUGCUCCUUGAGUUCGUUGAGGAGCUACUUACCCAGUCUUACGAGUCUGCUACUACCAAACCGCUUCUAGUUCAAGGAUAUCCGUUUACAGCUUGGGUGAAGGUGUUCAUGCAGCGAAUGCAAUCCUACCGGAUUGACUAUGCGCUAGGAACAUUUGAGGACAGUGCGUUCGUGAAGGAAUUGGCAAUUAAGACACUUCCAGGUGACCCAGAAGAUGACGAGGCAGGGAAUACCUCGGAUGAAUUCAGCGCUACCUUAACAAGUUCGUUUGCCAUGGAUGGAAGCUAUGCCUACACAUGGAGCAUAACGAAAGGGCUGGCAAUGAUCGGAACGGGUCAUAAUUUCACCAUUGCUGGAAGAGUGUAUGCUGAGGUACCAGCAAGCGAGUAUUUACGGAGAUUGGAGGAGAAGCGUACUAUCCGAAAAUUGGUUUAUGGCUUCGGAGAUUGCAUCAAAGAUGUCUCCGAACUCGCGAGGAGUGAAUUGGGUAGAGAUCACGUUGGGUCAUCAGGGACGAGUGUCCAGGACAUUUUUGGCGCGUUGGGGGCAAGUAGUGAUGGGUCUAGAUUGCUUGUCUCGUAUCAUGUGGAUGAUGUUCAGGACGUUUGCAUUCUCGAGAAUCGAGAUCUAUUCAUUCUCCCGGUACCGAGUACUGAAAACGGAGACGCUGAUGUGAAGGUCUAUCGGGCCUGGUACGGAGAGCUGGAUGUUUUAAAUACCGAGGCUGUGCUACACUUCUGCAAUUUACUGGAGCAAAAGCGAUCGAAAUCUGUGACUAAUAGCAAUGUCACGCUUUCCCGUGAUCUCACGGAGCAGCUACUGACGUUAAGUGGCAUUUCACUAGAAAAGAUAGCAGACUCGAAAAGACUGAUGGUGGUCUUCGCAUGUGGUGACAAUUUGGAUUCAGUGGGGGCUCAAGUCCUUGCAGAGGGUGAUCAAUUUGUCGAAGUCGAAGAGAGAGCCAGUGACUCUUAUCUUUCGAGUCUGUUAUUUUGUGAUGACUCGCUAUACCUGAGCGUGAUGUACCCUGAGAUAGACGUAAGUGGAAUGCUGAUCAAUGAAUCAUAUCAACGAUGCCGUCGAUUGCUACGAAUAUCGCCUCAGGGUCUGGGCUUUCUUGAGUAUUUCCCCCUGGGAAAGGAUUGCCCUCGGGCUCAUGAUAAGAAGUGCGAGCUGCCGCUGUAUGCUUAUGCCACUGAAGGGAAACUGAUUUACGAGAUCGACAUGGGGUCGAGUGAAAUUGUUGUCAACGUAAUCACCCCAAAGUCACUCUCGGGAGGAAGAAAAGUUCUGGAGGUAACGCGACAUUUCGUUUUGAACGAGAAGACGGUGCUGUGCCGUGAGUUUUUGCUUUGUCUAACGAAGAUCCGAAGCGUCAUUAUGGACAAUGAAGACAAGUUGGACGUACAGCUGCCUUUAUUUUACACGAAUGGCGCGUCGCUAGGGAUGCUGCUUGUAGAUCCGACCUUACAGGAAAGCGAGCAGAAUCAUGUUCACUGUGUGUUGUUUGACUGUGAAAGUGGCCUGGCAAAGGAGCUUCGCGAAAACGAGGAAAGAACAAGCUGCCUGGAAUGUUCGCUUUCGUGUACGUCAGCGUGCUUCGACGCAAGAAACAACCUGCUGUGGCUAUAUGAUGAGCACAAGAGAACUCUGCGAUCGUACCAGAAUUCUGGGAAGCGGAUACCGCUGGAUGAGAAUUCAAUUCCAUCAGUUGUUGUAAGUAAAAAAACUGGUGAUGGUGAAGAACCGAGCUCCAUCGAAACAACAGCGCUGUCUGUGCUGGGUUUUGUUUACAAGAAUGCUGUCUCAAGUGACUUGACUGUUGGAAACGAUGCCGACAAUAACUCUGCGAUAAGGGUGCCGUUUGCUGUGGAUGUCGAAGUGGAAACAUUUAGGUUACUACUGGCUUUCACUUCGAGGUACGUCGAUAUUUUCAAGGCAAACAACGCCUCAAUUGUCCAAAUUUACAUCCUUCAAGCAUGUCUUGGAAUUUUGAACAAGAAUCUGGAGAGUUUGUUGCAACUUGCUGACGGGCAUUGCAAGCAAGAAUCCAUUUCUCUUCUGAAAUCAAGUUUGUCAACUCCACUUGAUAAGUUGCUGGAGUUCUCGACUGAUGAAAGGAGUCAUGUUCAAGUGGCGUCGGUAGCGCUGGACCUGUACACGACGUCCAUUCGCAUUUUUCAUUCAGAUGUUACGAAGCAGUUCACACAUGUGCUGAGGUAUUUGCAAUCAUGGCAGCAAGCGAAGACGACAAGGAUGGAGUUGAAGAUCCUGGCUCGACUACUUGCACAUCUGUGUACUCGAGCGGAUGUUAUUUACCAUUCGAUGGUGGCGUCUGAAGAUUCACUGGAGCAGUUCUUGAAGUUGGUGGAGUUCGCGGUAGGAAUGCAGCAAAGAAAACUUCGGCAAGCGUUUGCGCUCCGGGAUAGUAGCGAAAGUCCAUUCGAGCUGAUAUCGCUCGUCAACGCAAUCACACAAGCGUCCUUUGUGUCUCUAUGCGCUGUUGGCGAUGAUACUUGCAGUCGUCAGGCGCUUGGUGUUGCUCUUGUGGUUCUUGAAGCGGUGCGCGAUGCAUGCUCAAGUAUUUGCAGUGAUUUGGCAGACCAAGUAAAACACACGGAUUGUCAAAGUCUGUGGACAGAACUUGAAAGCAUUGUGAAGGAUAGCUUUGUCGGGAUAUUGACUCCUGUUGUGCUCUCUUCCGGGAUGAUGCUUUUGCGGAAUCGCAAGAGUCUUAACGGAAGUGCGACGAACGCAAUAUCUGCUACGUCGUUACGCUUGUUUGAUUUCCUCAAGGGUAACGCGUCCAAGAUGCUUGAAUUAAUGGUUAACUUGGAUGUCCUGGUAUCUAUGAUUGAUCCGAAGAAAAGAGAGCAUGUUAUGGAAAACGUAUCUAUGGCAGUCAAAUCUGAAACGAUGGAAUCGUCUCAUGAGUACGAAAACAACUUGGACACACUAACAGAACUCCAAGUACCGGGGGCUACUCGAAUGGUGAUCACGUUCGAUCCACGAUCCCGUAGUGAAGUAAACUACGAUUACUUGACUUUCUACAAGGACAAAAGCCCAGGAGAGUAUUACGGCAGCCAGUUUUACUCCGGACGUGACUCGGAGCAGAACUGGCCUGGUGUGGGUGAUAACCCUCCGUUGAUUAUCGAAAGUGAUCACUGUUUCGUUUACUUCCACACCGACGGAUCCAACACUGACUGGGGGUACAAGUUCACGGCAACAGCCGAGAUCUUGGAAAGGAAAAAGAGCUUGCAGCAGCACUGGAUCGUUUUUCUGCUGGAAAGUGUGGUUCAUUUACUCGAUGAAAGCAUCAAGAUUCUUGUUGAUGGCAGUGUAUUCGCCCCUAUUGAUGAUAUGGAGGUCCAGAAUGAACAGUAUCUGCAAAGCGACCUGCUGAGGAGUGGAGUGUGCAAUGAAGACAACAUGAACGCAGAGGUGCUGCGGCUCCUACAAGACUUUGUCGACCUACCAGCGUCUUCGGAUGCUGAGAGGGUUAUUCAAGCUCUUCAAGAGCGAUCAGGUGUGUCGAGACCGUCCUUAGCUCUAGCACGCUCCACAUCAUUCGAUCAAAUCACAAGGUCCGCUCCAAACAAAUCGGUAAACAGCGCUGUUCGAGCUGUAGCAGCUGCAAUUUUUCACCACAACAUGUGGGGGAUGGAUGCGUAUGCAUUUACUCAGAACUUACGUGAUGAUAUUUCCGAACAACUCCUUCGUGGCUGGAAGAAUGCCCAGAAGAUGCGCGACUGGUUUCAUCUAGGAGAUGCUGCAGAUGCUGGGCAAAUGGCUUCAAGUCGACGGCGUUCCGGACGACUCCGGCGUCAGCCAUCAGCUUACAUGGGACUCUCCGAAGAGUCUCUUGCGAUCUUGUGUGACAACGUCAUUAAACGAGCGCAGUUUUUGCUGGAGAUCACACCCGUGUCAUUCUCCUACGUGGCGGGUGCCAAACGCAGGUGGGGCUUAUUGGCAAAAUACGGUCAUGCAAUUGGAAAGCAAAACUCUACUGAUUCUCAGCUGGAUAAGUGGUACAACCUCCUGGACGAGCUACAAGCUGCAACGGAGCUGAGAAGUCUGUUUCAGUACCGGAGGUCAUCAAGUGAGCGGCUCAAGUAUGGUCAAGCGAAGUCAGUGACGGAACAAGUUCUGGAGUUUAUUCAGAGUGAUGUGGAUAUAUCCGAAGUUCGAAAAGUGAUUGAAAUGAGGAACCGAAGAGCAGAAUGCCGGGCGCUCGGAAUGGAGAUUUUUAUUCAGUCGCUGAAGGAUUGUCCAAGCCUGCGAAUGCGAGGAGUAUUGCUCGAGUCUUUUACGUCUACGCUGAAGUGUUUCGCAAUCGCUAACUCGCCCACAAAUGUGUCUGGAUCGAGCUCUGUCAGUCCAACAUCAGCAUUGGAGUCCUUCCCGCGAUUGCACUUUGAUGCUUUACUUUCAGGAUGCGAUGAGGCAUUACGCCAACGAAUCGCGGAAGCUUUUGGUAAUUGUCUGGCAGUCUUCGCUAAGCAGGCCGCAUCAGUUGCGGAUGAUGGAACAAGCUCUGGAUUGGUAACUUGUAUGUUAAGGUGCUGCGCUAUGGACUAUGACCUAGAAGAUUCCUAUUUGCUGCAGGAAAGUCGAGUGCUGCCGCAGAUAUUGCGUCUACUCUCUUCCGAUUCUAUCACGACUCGCAACGCUGCACAGUCGCUCUUAGGUGUCCUUCUUUCGCGAUUUAUUGCUGGACGAGUGGAGUCGAAUUCAGAGGGUGAUGAUGAUGGCGACGAACACGAUGUUGGUGACGCUCAUGACAUUUCUGCCUUCCAACGGCAACUAUUCGCAGCAGUUGGACAUCAGCUUGAGUGUAUUGUUUCUUCUAUUAAAUCUGCGCUGAGCUCACAUGACCGGGGUUUAGGCAAGUCAUUCCCCCAGUACUUACCCGAAAACUCACCUGGAUUCAUUUCUUCAUGCCUGCAACGAAGUGCAGUCAGUUGGAAUCAUUCGAUAAUGCUUUGGGUCUACUGCCCAAGCAAGGGGCCGUUGUAUGCUCUCAAACUAGGCGAUGAAGUGCGUCGCGGUCCUAAUUGGAGCGGCACUGACGAAUCGGGGGAGGACGGUGAGACAGAAAUUGGAACUGUUAUCAGUAUUCCCACCCCUACUAAAGUUCAUGUUCGGUGGAACUCGUCGGGUCUGACUUCUCAGUGUGAUUUCGAUCCAAAGCAUGGAAAAUUUGACGUUGUCCUGGUAGAUGAAGGCGUUGGUGGUACAAUUUUCCUGAAGGGCAACAAGAAUAUGAUCAAAGACUCGGCAGCGGCCAAGCCAUGGAGUCACUUUGGGCUGUUUUUAACGGAUAGUCGGAUGCUGGUCUACAAAAUUGCGUGCGGAUCGGACAAAGAAAGUGUCUUUGAGACAGACUGUGAACUGGAUGCUGAUCAGUGGUCUCAUGUCGCUAUUGUACAGGACGAAGAUACACUGAGAGUUUACGUCAAUGGCUUAAUGGUAUCGCUGCAUAUUCUCGAGUCGUUCUUAGUGAUGAAUGCGAAUGUGAACCCUGCCGAGUCGGCCAUUAUUGAGUCGACUCAUCCUCUUGAAGACUCGAUCGAUGAAUACUGUCCAGUUCACAUUCCAGGCGCUGUCAAAAUUCGCCUAACGUUUGAUCCUCUGUGCGAUAUUGAUGGCUCAACUGGGUUUGUGCGCUUCUACAAAGACGCAAAGUGUGUGGAAUAUUGGGGCGAAGAAAAGUAUACUGGCAAGUACAGCGACCCGGAGCGGAAUUUUCCAGGUGCUCAAAGUAACCGUGCUCGUCUUCAACACGCAGAUGCAUCCAACGUCGAUUUGAACGUACUUGAAAUUCCGUCGGACCGUUUUUUGGUCUACUUUCACAACGAAGGCAGCUCCAACAGCUGGGGAUUUAGGAUUCUUGCGUCACCAGAGCUAGCUACGUCCGAAGAAGAGUCAACGAGUCCUGUAACGCAUUUAAACCCGUAUCCAUUCUACUUUGGGGAGGCCCCGGGGCGUGUUCUAGACGAGCCAGCUGCGAAAUGCUGGAUUUACCAGCCGAAGGUGUUGAGUUAUCCGAUUUCGGAGAGUGAUCUAACCUCAGAGAUCCAGACAAGUUUUCCAUUAACGGAUAUCGCUUCGAAUGUUGCUCCAGCCGAGCGUACGCUGUACAUACUGGGGUUGUUUCGAACAUGCGCUGAGACUUCAUUUGGGAGGAGUCUCAUCGGCACACCUGGAAAUCUCCGGAACAUUUUGCUUCUGUCGUUUGACAAUCUUGUGCCUGUAGAAAUCCGAAUCGGGGCCAUUAAGGUGCUUAAGGACCUUGUUGGAAUCCUGAGUACGGAUGACAUGGAUACACAGGUGGCUACCGCCCUUCCAGGUGAAACAGAUGGGUUCCUACCGUUUGUUUUCCAGCGUUUGGGUCGAGCUUUGAACGUUUGGAGAGCAUUUGAAGAUGACAAAGUAACUUUGGCGCGUGAAAUCGAAGAAGAAGAUGCAGAUGGAGACCAGUUAGAGCUACGCACGUCAGCUCAAGGAGAAGCAAGUUUAGUGGCAGCAUAUGUAUUACUACUGCGCGGUGCGGCAGAGCACUCGUGCUGGGGGGAUCAAGUUUUUGAACUGGUCAUCUCUGGCUUACAAUCUCAGAUACUAGCGUCGCUUGCGUUACUAGGUGGAAAUUACGGAGGUGCCUACAUCGGAGGCAGGGUGAGCUGCUGUGUAAAUGUUGAUGGCAAGGAGAUGAUCGAGACCGGAUACUUGGUGCAAUUCCGCAUAAAAAGCGGAAAUCAGACCGCGCGUGUCAUCUUCGAUUGCGACCAAUCAAACAUCGUUGACGUACCCUUGACCGAUGUUGCUCAUUUGGAUGAUAUCGAGAAAAAGGAGCUCGCGUCGUUUCUCAAAGGAGUUACACCUUUUGCGUCGGGGCUGAAGGAUCUUUAUCAAGGUGUUCUCGAUCUGACUGAUGCUUCCCCGUCCGUUGAUUCUUAUCAGCCCAAACUUACAAAGAAGGAAAAUGUGGAGGUGCUUGAAAGCGAGCAUCCUUACGCUCCGGGUGAAGAUGUGACAUACUCUUUGAAUUUCCGUGGCGCUACCGAGAUAGAAAUCAGAUUUGACAAGCUGUCGUGCACUGCAGGACCGAACGAUUACAUCCAGUUCAAAAAGAAGGAAGAAGAUCUCAACGAAGGCGGUGGAAAUGUGGAAAAAUACUGGGGUGAGGAAAAGUACUACGGAGAAUCCUUUCCUGGUGUGGGGACUACACCUCCUCUUCGUAUUCCAGCAGGAAGCGUUGAUGUGCACUUCUACACCGAGGGCUCGUCGAGUGGUAUUUCUGAAUGGGGUUUUAAACUCACCGCUCACGCAUUCGAAGAAGCCUUGAUUUAUCCGCCUGAAAUUCCACCAACAAUCAGGACAAGUGCGCUAAGUGAUAUCCGUGCGAGGUGCAUAACAUCUUUUGGACAAGUUCUCCAAUCGCUGAAGCGUUCGGAGAUAGUCCCUACCUUUACGAGUCUGCUACCUUCAUUGACAAAAAUUGCCAACACUCCCUGUGACGGGCGCCCGAUCCAAUCAUCGCCAAAGUCACAGGUAUUUGAGUCGAAGCAUCCAUACGCAAAUUCGGUGAUGGAGUACAUGAAAGUGACUUUCAAUGGCGCGUCAGCGUUGACGAUAACAUUCGACUCUCAAUCUCGAACGGAGCAAGGAUGCGACUACCUCUGUUUCUUUAAGGAUAAGUCGUUGACAGACCGGUGGGGUGCGUAUCAGUACUGUGGAGUGGGAAGUGACGCUAACUGGCCUGGUGUUGAAGACCGGCCUCCACUUGUUAUCCCUGCGGACUCGUUUACGCUUCUAUGGGCAACUGAUGGUUCAAAUGUCGACUGGGGGUGGAAAUUUAAUGUGACAGCGGAGUUCCUUCCCGAGUAUCCCCUCGAUAAAAGUUUGAAGCAGCUGGAUGCUCGAUCGUACCGGUUGUUUGAGACGCUGUACGAAAAGAUGAGUCAUCAACGAACCCCAUUGAAGAGCGAGUUUGAAGAAUUUGCCGGAAGUGAUCAUUCAUUCAAGGACAAGCACACUUCAGAUCCAGUUCGCCAGCUGCUUUUAGACUGUAGCUCCAGUGAGUCAGUAAGACUUGAUGGGUGGGGCAGCGUAACUUCGAGAAGCUCACAGUCCUUUCGCGUGAUUGAUGCAGCUGGAAUCAAGAUUUAUCAGGAGAGGAACCGCGAUUCGAAUGUUUUGGCUGAGCUUAAGGUCGGAGCAGAAUUUGUCGCUGUAGUUGAUCUGGACGGGUGGCUAAAAGUUACCUCAGACAAUAUUGAUCAGCUUAAUAAGGCAACGUGCGGUUGGGUAUGGCAGCGCACAGGUGAUACUGUGCAUGCCAGCCCCUCAACAGCGUGUGCUAACGGAGAAGACUUGCUAACACUGGGGGUGGAUGACCUCAGUUUCGAAAGCAGGCAUUCAGUGCUGGAAAUGGACGAGCGCAAUGAUGAGGAACAGUUACUCACCGGUUUGUGCUCUGCAUACGCAUUCGAUGAGUUCAAAGGACAAACCGACCGAAUCCAGAGUUUGGCGUACGACUCCCAUCGAGCUGUUGCAACGAAAGCAGCGCGCGAUGCGAUUUUUACGUUCCUUUCGUGUGAUCCAAAAAGAGCGUCGAUUCCGCUAAGUGCUUUUGGCAACGCCGAGGAUAUUUUUCUACUCCUGUCACACUUCUUCAUUGGUGCCGAUGCUGACACAGCUUUCGACAAUCACUCUGGUGUACUACUUGCGUUGCGAAAGAGAUUGCAGCAAAUGGUUCGAAGUGGCGAUGAUGACGCUAUCAUUUCUGCUGUGCUCGUUCGGUGUUUGGAAAUUCUGAAAAGUGGUCCUCAGUUGAUGCCGAAGGGCCGUGGAGCUGUGCGGGUACUUGAAAGCACCCACCCUUACCCAGAUAAUGCAGACCAGUACUGGGAUGUCUCGAUUCCUGGGGCCACGAAGAUCAAGGUAGUUUUUGAUCGCAGAUGCAAAAGCGAGGCUGGAUGUGACUGGGUGCGACUUAACAAGUCUGGAUCAAACCGGACGGAAAUAAUUGGCCCAGAUCAAAUCGGCGGCCGGGGUGAUAGCGAAAACUGGCCAGGAACUGGUGAUCGCCCUCCCUUGUAUAUCGAAGACGACUCGUUUGAAGUGUAUUUUCACUCUGAUUCUAGCAACAAUGACUGGGGGUUCAAACUAUAUGCUAUUGGGGUUUUCAAGGAGGAAGGCAAAGUAUCGCGCACAGACAUUAAGAACCCAGACACGGUUGUGCAGCUGCUCUCUAUGACUGGUUGGAUGUUGGAGGCACUUACCUCGAUUCCCGAUGCAAGCUUUUGUGCGAGCCCCGCAACACUGAAACUGUUGUACUCGGCCGAAACAUUGCAAACGCUGAUGUUUUGCUUGAACGAGUCGCCCCAAAGCAUCAAGACAUGUGCACUUGAAAUCCUGAGUAACAUGGCUCAGAGUGCGGCCUUCCAUACGAUUCCAGCCGUGCUCGUUGAACAUCUGCGCGACUUGCUGAACGUGAAAAUGCGUGCAAAGCACCAGGCUGAGGAACGUGUUGAACUGAAGUCACCAUAUCUACAGACGCUAGUACAGUGCGCAGUUGCACUUGAUCUUUCGAUGGAUAGCCAUUGCUUCGGAGGGUCAACGACGUCUGCCAUGGAGCCCCUUUCUCUCUUGCCAUUUGAACCUGGUACCGACGGUGUUUCUACUUUCAUUAGCGGACCAAGUGCAUCAACUUCGAGAUGUUACCAGUUUCUGUUGAAGUUCGCCAAGCUCGCGUCAGCGAUGACUAUUGGACUUUCGAUUGGAGAACCUGAAAUAACCAUGGGAGUGUCAGCGGGUUUUGUGGUGUGGGAAGACAAUGGGAAGUUGUCGUUCGGUGCUCGUUCCAAAGCGAGCGAUGGACCUGCUCUCAAUGAGAUUCGUGGAUACAAAAGUCGAAUUCGGGAGGGAGAUACGGUGAUAAUCCUGCUUGACCUACCACGACAGAUGCUGGUGAUCCGGAAGAAUGGCAUCGUGGCAGCACUCGUAGCCGGGCCACCUGGUUCAGGUGCAUUGGUUCCAUGGGACGAGCUUUAUCCGACUCUGCAGCCAGAAAGUGACAUUCGACUGGUCGUUUCUCAUUCAUGCUUCGACAAUCGGAUCGAGUUCAGCUCGCUAAGCUGUUCCUCUAUUGCACUCAUCCCUCAAUCCAGAGUACCAAACUGGUAUGGCAAGGUUGUCGAUGCAGUGAGCAUGAUGCUAGAUUUCCGUGAAAACUUGUCGUCGACAGUCAUUUCGAGGGAGAGUCGGCACCCGUUGGCAUCUUCGGCACCUUCGAAGCCUGUACGUGAGCUCGUCGACAUUAAUGGUGCCGUGGCGCUAGAGAUCCGGUUCGACAAAAGAACCAAGCUUCAGAAGAGAGAUGAGCUUCGCUUUUUCGCUGGGAAUGAAGUAGAGGCAUCAUCAGAGGACGCUGGUAAUCCGGUGGUCGUGCUUUCGGGAAUCAAUGGAGAGCAGGAUGUGACAGAAUCUCCUCACUUAUUCGCGAGCGACUGCAUGAAUCAAUCUAAUUACUCGUUAUCUAUCGGCGACUUGGUUGUAAGAUCGCAUGACUGGGAAUACAGCAAUGAAGACGGAGGAGCUGGGAAUGCUGGCGUUGUGCAAGAAGUAACUUCUUGGGGGUCUCACGGUGGGAAGGGUGUGCGAGUUCGAUGGCAAGAGAAUGGAUUUGAAACAGUUUACCGCUACGGAGUCAACGGUCGAUACGAUGUGCAGAAUCUCGAGCAUACCAAAUAUCGUAGCGCGCCGUUGAUCCUAAGAGGCAGUACCAUAUCGUUUGAAUUCGCACGGAGUACUCUUCCGACAACUACGGCGCUGAAUUUGAGUGCUUCUUCCGACUUCGCGGGUAGUUUAGAAUUGGACGGGACCAUGCGGCUGGAUUUGAAACUCGUGGAAGAAAAUGAGCGCGUUUUGUCGAAAAGUGAUUGCUCUGCUGAGUUCUGGGCUUGUAUAUCUACGGAUAUCUUUGAGAAGGUGGAUGACAGCGCAUAUAUGGAGGUGCUCCGUAUUGAUGGCACUCGCGGCCGGGUAAUUUUACUGAGUGACAGACUGGGUAGAUGCACGCUGGUUCUUCAAGCCGUGGAUACAAGUGGUGCGCUAAUGAAACAUCACCAGUGUCGACAAGAUGCUGAUAGUGACAGUGCUGGCUCUGGCAAUCUUGUUUUCGGUCAGUGGAUUCAUUUAGCGCUUGUCUUUUCGGGAUCGAGAGUUCUUGUGAUGAGGAAUGGCAACAUUAUCUACUCAGCUCGUUGCUUAGAGCACGACCGACUGGUACUGGAUUCAAACUCUGCGUUAAUCUUCGGGGCUUCAUGCAGUCGUGCUACUUUACCUAAUGAUGAUCUCCCCUUAUCAUUUUUAGCAUUUCGUGGUCACCUCUACGAUAUCCGAUUAUGGGAUGUUGCUUUUCGAGUUGAGCAGCUCCGCAGUCACUAUCGGGGGUUGGACAGCGUUGAUGUGGUACCCAAGAGUAGCAGUCGUCCAGGAACUCCAACAUCUGCGAGUAAAAGGCCUUUGUCUCCCGCAAUGACGUUUUUCUCUUCGCCUCGGUCACCGCGGUCAUCGUUGCGCCCCGUUACAGUCCCUCAUCACAUGCGCAAAUGGGUCACCACGAACCGGACAAGCAAGGACAUUUCCACUGUUCGUCUGAAUUGUUCUGUGAAAGCGUCACCGUUGUCAAAUGGGGAUGGAAAGCCUAGCGAUACGGCGUAUUACGAGGCACAUGUGCUAUCCAGUGGUAAAGUAUGUGUCGGGUGGAUCUUGGGUGGUGCGAAUAUGCACAGCAAGUCAGGAAUAAUAGGAGAAGAGCGCAACUCGUUCGGCAUUGAUUUGAGCAAGAAGGUGGCACAUUUUUCAGCCUUAUCAAAGGACCUGGCACCGUUUACAAGGGUCGACGCUAGCGCAUGCAGCAGUCCGCGACGAUCUUUUGGGAACUCCUUCGGCAACGAUAUUUUUUGUCGCAACGGGGAUGUGAUAGGGUGCGCGAUCAACUUGGCGACUGGAAAGCUAACAUUUUACGUGAACGGCACGAUAGUUGCGGAAUGUGUUCCCUCCGUAGACCAAAGCACUGAGACCGCCCUUCUUGACACCAAGGAUCAGGAAUUUAACGCCUUGGUCACCGAGAUUAUCACAGUCGACGAAUCAGCUACAAGCCCAGGUGUGGAUAAACGGUUUUAUCCGUCUGCAAGCCUAGGCCCUCAAGGCGCACAAGGUCUGGCAUGGAACUUCGGUCAGCGCCCAUUUAAAUAUGAGCCUAGUAUCGAAGAAGGGGGUGUUUUGUCGCUUCUCCAAGCUUCAGAUUGCGCCGAAGAGAACGCACAUUUUGAGGUAUAUGACUGCGAUGAACAGCAGUGGGACCGAGUUGUCUAUCGCCACAAGGUUCAGGAAAUCACACCUCGUCUUGUCGGCUGGUGGAAACUAAACGAGGGUGUGGGGAAUAGUGUUGACGAUGCAAGUGGAAACUGUCAGCAAGGUCUGAUAGCAGCAAACAACGACACCGCCAGUAAAAGCAAAGCUUCCAUUUUCGCUCGGGUUCUUGAAGAUACCGGCGAAAAUGCGUGGUGGAAUGAAACUUGCUCUCCUCCACCAGCUGCACGCAGACGCGUCGGUGACGGCAACUCAGCAUCGCCAUUUUUUUCGUUUGGGUCUGCCAAUGAUGCGGCGACGAAACGUGACUCGUUGUGGGGGUACAAGUUCUAUGUGAUCCCCCAUUUUUCGAUGGAAACGGUUGGCCGACGACGUUUCCAGUCUCAGUCGGUGCGUUUCGGUGACAGUCUUCACAAUUUGUUGCCACGUCACGAUCAACAGCUAAUCAAGUACAUCAACAAGAAGGGUCAACGCAAGGAUCUCAAUGCGAUUCAGUUGCUUCAUGGGCCUUGGAGUGACAUUGCACCGCAAGAGAAUGAGUUGGUACGUUGGCCGGCUUUAAUGGAAAUCAUUGCCUCGCCUAGCGACGACGCAAAAAUGGAGAAAACGUCAACGAAACCACUGGUUGAUGCGCACGGCCGUCUAUCGAAGCGGUUUAAAGUACUGCAAGAGUUCAACGCCGCCGUCUAUCGUAUUUUGCCGUUCAUUGCAUUCCAUGCUCCACGCGUGGAUACUGUGGACUUUAGUACUACUGGACAAAAAUUCAUGCUGAGCGAUCUCGUAAUGGAACAGCGGCACCGAAUCCUGAGCGUGGUGAAGCGUACAGUGUGGGACAGUGCAUUGGGACGCACAAACGAAAGUGGAGUAUCCUUCGAGCUGACGCUAAAUCGUCCGAAGGCGAUGCGAUGCCGUGCAACUGGAAAGACUGAUGUAGAAGGAAGACAUACACUUUUCUCUCAAGCCUUUCGCCAGCUGCAGGCUUUAGAUGGCACCCACUUUCGGCGUGAGGAUGCACUAUAUCAUGUGACUUUUCUUGGCGAAAAUGCGCAAGAUGCGGGUGGUCCUUAUCGCGAGACGUUUGCUCAAUACUGUGAGGAGCUGCAGAGUUCUCAACUGCCUCUUAUGUUACCGACUCCAAACUCCCAACAUAAUGUUGGUGUUGGACGAGAAAAGUGGUUGUUAAGUCCUGGUGCGCAGUCCUCCACUACUCUUCAGAUGCUCGAGUUCCUCGGUAAGCUCAUGGGGGCUUCGAUUCGCAGCAAACAGUAUCUUGCGCUGAACCUGGCGCCUCUGGUAUGGAAGAAACUUGCGGGUGAGCGUCUAGUACUGGAUGACUUGGCAGCGGUGGACUCGAUGCUGGUGAACUCCAUGUCAAGAAUGCGAACCAUUGACCGCUAUGGUGUCACGGAAGAGAUGUUUGAGGAUAUCGUAAUGGAAACGUUCACGACGUUGGGAGCAGACAAUCGUGUUGUCGAGCUCAAAGAUGGAGGUGCUCAUUUACCGGUAACAUUUAGCUCACGUUGUGAGUACGCAGACCUUGUUGAGCAGGCUCGGCUUCACGAAAGCGACGAUCAAGCCCAGGCAAUUUUCCGCGGACUCGCCAAGGUUGUACCGGCCAAACUACUUGCGUGCUUUUCGGGUGCUGAGCUUGAGCUUAUGGUUUGCGGAUCACCUGAGGUGGACGUGAACCUGCUUGAGAAGUGCACUGAGUACUCAAGCUGCUCGCCUACAGACGACCACAUCAUUUGGUUUUGGCGGGCGCUUCGAGACUUUUCUCAUGAAGAACGUAGUGCGUUCUUACGCUUCGUGUGGGGCCGCUCACGGCUUCCUGCUAGUGCUGACGAAUUCCCUCAACGUUUCAAGCUGCAGUCGUUCAAUAUGGAGCGCGCAGGUCGCAGUGUUGACGCUUACAUGCCAGUGGCUCACACAUGCUUUUUCUCUAUUGAGAUUCCGGCCUACUCGAGCGAGAAUGUAUUGCGUGAGAAACUCUUGUACGCGAUUUACAAUUGUCAAGAAAUUGACGGCGACGGCGACAGCGUCGCAGCUAAUCAACUCGGAUGGGAGGAAUGA